GCUGUUUGAACAGACCGGCCAAGAUGGCGGAGUACCUGGCGUCCAUUUUUGGGACAGAAAAAGAUAAAGUGAACUGCUCUUUUUAUUUCAAAAUUGGUGCCUGCCGACAUGGAGACCGCUGCUCCAGAUUACACAAUAAGCCGACAUUCAGCCAGACAAUUGCCCUCCUGAACAUUUACCGCAACCCUCAAAACAGUGCCCAGUCUGCCGACGGUCUAACAUGUGCCAUCAGUGACAUGGAGAUGCAAGAGCACUAUGACGAGUUUUUUGAGGAGGUCUUCACAGAGAUGGAAGAAAAGUAUGGAGAGGUGGAGGAAAUGAACGUGUGUGACAACCUCGGGGACCACCUAGUGGGAAAUGUGUAUGUGAAGUUCCGUUAUGAAGAGGAUGCUGAGAAGGCCGUGAUAGACCUGAAUAAUCGGUGGUUUAAUGGGCAGCCCAUCCAUGCUGAACUGUCUCCUGUCACAGACUUCAGAGAAGCCUGCUGUCGCCAGUAUGAAAUGGGGGAAUGUACUCGUGGUGGCUUCUGUAACUUCAUGCAUCUGAAGCCCAUCUCACGUGAACUGAGGAGAGAGCUCUAUGGGCGCCGGAGGAAGGGCCGUCAUAGGUCUCGGUCACGAUCGAGAGAGAGACGAUCACGUUCAAGGGACAGACAAGGUCGAGGAGGGGGAGGGGGCCGUGACCACGAGAGACGUCGCUCCAGAGACAGAGAGCGUUCAGGACGAUUCUGAACCACAAGCCAUGACUACUUGUCCUUCCAUUCCUGUUUCCCCGUAACCAUCCUCACUCUUUUUUUAAGUUUGUACCUUUCCCGAUCUACUCUAGGACGAAUUGACAGGUACCUGAUUUUGAAGCUGUGACAGCAUUGAUGAAUUGAUGUAUUUUGUUGAUUUCUGAAAUGACUUUCACCUCAUUAAAUUUAAAAUUUUU